AUGGGGGCCGUCCUUCCCUGGGGGCAGGGACGUAGGGAACCAGGCGGUGGGGAGGGAGAAAGGAGCGACGAGGUCAGAGGAAACCUUGGGUUCCCAAGGCUCCUGGGGCACCAAAGGGCUUCCCGCAGUCGGGGAAUUGAGCCCUGGGGAGGAGCCUUUUGCGAGAACGUGAGCGCGCCCCAACACGCCUCAGACCUCGUAAACCCACUUGGCAAAGACCGGGGAAGCGGCUGGCGGACCGACUGCGGUGAACUCAAGAAAUUAACCUGCGCUGCAAUUAAACGGGCUGCCGCCCUUUCACACUCACCUCGAGCGACCGAGAUAGAGAAAGCUCCCGAACCGGCCGCGGGGGGACCUGGCUCCACCCUCCCGUCCCGGGAGAAGAGGACAAAAAGGGGAGAUGGACUUGGAGUGGCCCCGCCCUUCACAGCGCUCCAAUCCUUGGAAACCAAACCUCCUCUCCAAGCCUCCACGUCUAGAAGGGACAAAGGCAGCGAGGAGAUCCAGAGACCGACGGGGAGAUGGUGGCUUUCAGGCUUCUGGUGUGGGUGCGUGGGGGAAAGGUACAAUGGUUAAGUUUCCAUCCCAAAUACGGCACCACACGAUGGUCUUUAGAAGACACACUCGGUCUUCUGGUUUAGAAGCAAAUUGACUUCCUGAAGCUGUGAAGCGAACUAUCGCAAAACUGUCUUGCUUCUUGAAUGUGGGGGCGAUACAAAUUCAAUUAAUGAUGCCAUACACGUAAUCUUUUCGACUUUUUAGAAGUCACGAACGCUUUAACUCUCCAAUGAAAAUAAUUGAAAGAGGUUAAACAUAAGGGGAAUGGGCUUUUUUUUUUUCUUGUUUUUAUUUGGGACAAUUUUUCAAAUGAUAAAACUGUAUAAAUACAAGCUGGGUCAGUCAAGGAAAGCGCUGUGGCUGAAGAUUUUCGUAAAAACCUUAGUAAACUUGGCAUUUAAGUAACUAAUUAUGCUUUGCCAUUAGCAGACCAUUAAGAUAAACAGGAGAAAGUUCACACCUCCUGCUAUUUCGUUCCCUAAGAAUAGUCACAAAGAUAAUACCAGGCUAGUUGGUGGGUUAUCUUCUCCAUUAGGAGGGUUAAUGUUUAAAUUUGCUAAUUAAAAUACAAAAAAUUUGGUUUCCUACACAGCCAACAAUGUGAGGGAAGUCUCACGGGGACAUCCUGACUCCUUGAAAUUUACCUUCUGUUACUUUAUCCUGUGGCAUUAUCCCCUGGAGUCAUAUGGGGUUUCAAGACUGUUAAUGUUGCAGGGAAUGUGAGUGAAUAUGUUAGAAGUCUGGACUUUCUUCUCCCUUAUCAUAGGUGACUGGCAUACACACUCCUCAUAAUGAGAAGUUAUGGCUCAUCAAAAGAGUGACUUUAUGAGCAUUAAUAGAAUAAUAAAUCUUGCACUUUUAGUUCAAGAAACAGUGAAGUCCUAUAAUCAGAGUGACCCACGCAAAUAUGAUCCAUUCACUUGCCCAACUCUAACAGGAUACGGAUAGUCUAUAAAUCAUUUUAGUUUUUAAAACCUUAAAAAAGGAAGGCACCCAAAUCUCCCAAAGGAAGGUGUUUAUGGGGGGAAAGGGACUUCUAGCAAACCUGCAGGAAGAGAUCAUGGAAAAACGAACAGUCGGUCCAGAAGCUGAAUUAGAUAGAAUUUCCACCGAAACAAGAAUGGAUAGAUGUUCUAAUGUCAUUGUUUCAGUAUUUAUGUUCUAUCAUUUAAAAAGAGAAAAGUCUUCCUGCUUCCUGAAAGCUAUACAAAAAAAAAAAAAAAAAAAUCCAGUUGAUAGCCCGGUUUUCUAAAUUCCAGCUGGAAAACUAUUCAAGUUGAUGAUUUUAGCAAAAGAAAGAGUAGGUGAAUACAAUAUGGCUUUUAAACCACAUUUUACGCAUCUCUUGGUGGUAUUUCCCUGCCUAUGUAAAACUUCCUUUCUAUGCAAUGCAAUGUAGUCUUUUUACUAGUUGAGUUUGCUUGUGAUUUUUCAAUGAGUUAUUUAUUUUGAAUUCUUGUGAUCUUUACUCAUUGGAAAUUACUCAGUCUUCAAAAAGUUUUUCUUAAAACUUCAAAUUGGAUAAUUAUGGACCCUCCAAAUAUCAAAAAAGUGAAGUCACUAGCACACCUUUCUAAUUUCUUACAGAAAAAUCAAUAUGUUGUCAUAAACCCAUAUUUAAACAUAUAUAACUAGGUAACUAGUGUCCAUGCCUAGGGAAAAGUGACUAACAGAAGACAAAGGUAGAUGAUGCAUGAUUCUGAACAGCUUUCAAACGAAGAGACAUUGCAAUAACUUAUAUUAAACUUACUCCAUAUGAAUCUUUGUAUAUAUGCCUUUGGAUACCAAAGAUGUUUCGAUAGUGAUAUUCUAAAAUUCAAAAGAAAGUCUUUCUUCCAUAGGUAGUAGUUAAAUUUACAGUUCUAUCAAACUAGUUAUUGUAAUAUGUAAUGUGUAAUUUCAUUCAAUCAUUGAGUAUUUGUUUAGCAUCUGUAUUACGCCAUUCUCAGAAGUGAGUACUAGGGAUACGAAGAUGAAUAACUGAAAGGAGUCAAAUUUUUGAUGCAUGAUCAACCACUAGCUUCAAUAUAACAUUACUUGGAUAUAAAACUUCAGAUUUUUUACUCAAAAGCAAUACCAGGAUUUGGCCUAUGAUGAAACUAUAAUGAAUUUGAAUAUUUCUGUUCUCACAAUGAAGCUAUUAAGGAGUAAUAUUUUGUCAAAAUAAAAUUUUUGGAGUUCGUUGUAAAGCCAAUGUGUUGGCUUAACUCAUAAUUUAACAUGAAAUUCUCCCUCAAAGAGAUAUUUUAAUUUAUUUUAUUUUAGAUGGAGUCUUGCUCUGUCUCCCCAGCUGGAGUGCAGUGGUGCUAUCUUGGCUGACUGUAACCUCUACCUCCCGGGUUCAAGGAUUCUCCUGCCUCAGCCUCCCAAGUAGCUGGGACUACAGACAUGCACCACCACACCCAGCUAAUUUUUGUAUUUUUAGUAGAGACGGGGUUUCACUAUGUUGGCCAGGCUAGUCCCAAACUCCCAACCUCAAGUAAUCCGCCCACGUCAGCCUCCCAAAGUGCUAGGAUUACAGGCCUGAGGCACCUCGCCUAGCCAAUCUUUUUAAAAGUGCAAAAUAACAACCUUCGAUCAACUAGGGUUAGAUUAACCAAAUUCUGAAGACAAGACUCAAGUGAAAGAUUGCCCAUUUGUUGAAGCAUCACUUCCAGCAGAAAGACCAGCAUUUCCAGGUUCUUACUAUUUGUUCUCUAUCUGAAGCUUAGAGAAAGGAAGUGAUUUAUUCAGGAACGCAGAGCUGGUAAGGAGCAGUCAGCCCUAGAGUCUACACUUCAAUGGUAGUUUCUCCAAAGUUAUCAUUCUCAUAUCAUAUUCAAGGUUUCUUCUUAUUCUUUUUCUUUUUUGGGGGGGGAUAUAUUUUCAUGUAACUUGGUCCUGUUAUUUAAUUAAUAUACAUUUUUAAAAUCAACUUUAAAAAAUUUUUAACUUCAUCAUAAGCAAUAAUAUUCACAAAUCACAGGUCUGAUGGGCUAUUUAUACAUUUUCAAUGCAUAUCAAAAUACAUAUACUGUUAUCAAAAUUGAAAGAAAGAUUUUUGGAGUAAAAAAUGUCUGAUAGUAUACUUGCUAAACUGUAUGCUAAUGGUAAGGAGUGAGAAAGAUGGGGAGGAAAGUGUUGUUACAAUUUGUGUUUGUGUGUGUGUGUGUACAAACAAUCACUUUUAUAAUUUAAAAAAUGUUACAGAAAAAAUUAUGUGGCAUAGUAGUGGUUAGUAUAUCUCCAAAUUAAGUCAUUUCUUUGUAUAUUCUUAAUAGGAAAUAAAAAUUAGCAUGAAUCUUUUUUAGAGCAAUUUAACAAUAUACAUUUAAAGUCUUUAAAUGUUCACACUUUAGUGCCCUUAAUUCCUAUGCUUAGAAUCUACCUUAACAGAAAUGAAAAUAUAUAUAUAUACAUAAGAAAUGAUAAAGUAAGUAAUCAAAAAUAAGUGAUUAAGAUAAGAGGACUAGUUAGGUAGAUAAUAAUCUAUUCCCAUUAUGACACAUUAAGUAGCUUUAAUUGUUUGAGAAUUUGCAAUUAAAUAGAAAAAUGGUCCAAUAUUAGGUAAAAGACCUGGAUACAAAAUUAUGAUCAUGAAUCACUUUUUUCAAAUUGUAUACCCCCAAAAUCACCUUGAAUGAAAAUAUACCAGCAUGUCAACAGCAAGUUGACUUCUGAUUAGAAAAAAUUUGGAAA